CAUAAAAAAAAAUGUCUAUUGCAUUACAUAUACAAUGGGAUCAAGAAGCACUCCUUCAGAUUUCCGGCUUUAAGACGCGACGUGUUAUCAACCGUGCGUACACAACGUGACCUCACCUGUACUAGCGCAAACAACGUGGAGAGUCCAACUUGAAACAAGCUUUCUUCAUUUCUUCCGGAAUCAAAGGCAUGGCUACUGAAGAGGAUGUGUUUAAGAAGGCGCGCAGAACUCGUACGAUUGAGCUAGACUUGUGUCAGUUUCCAGCCUGGGUCGGUGAAGCAAGCGAUGCUGUUUUACUCGAGCUGUUUGCGAUUGGUGUUAAAGUCAAGGAAUCGAUCACGAUAAACAUCACUGAAACCCCAGAUCACAUCCAGAACAUUGUGGGCGAGAAACUUAAGCCAGUUUACGACAAGGUUGGUGAAAUUUCGCAGAAAUUUGUUGCGGUACAAAACGAGGUCACCACAUCUUUAACGAAGAUGCACACUGGUGUGUCGGAAAUGCAAGUCAAACUCGUUAGCGAUAUACACGAAGUGGCGAGCAAAGUUCCAUCAUUGGAAUCGCUAAAUACCACGCUGGGAAAAAGGAUAGACGCCAUUCAGUCGUCGAUUAGACAUUCUGAUGACAACUUGACGAAACUAGUAACUAAAUACGAGAAUCCUGCGAUAAAAGGGGCCUUGGGAGAAGACAGAGUGGAGUCAAUUUUACAAGCUUACUUUCCUACGUACACAAUCUACAGCGUCGCCAGCCAAGGACGCAAAGCGGACAUUCAGAUCACGUCUGCGCACUCGCGGCAGAAAUACCUCGUCGAAGUGAAAGACCGCCAAAAUGAAGUUCCAGCAAAAGAUAUUGAAAGAUUUGAGAAAAAUGUGGUGGAGAACAAAGAUUUCAAGGUCGGCAUCUUAUUUUCUCUAAGAAGCGGUAUCAGUGUUCGGGCAAGUCAAGGUCGGUUUAAAAUCAAGUAUCAAGACGAGCAAUACUACAUCUACGUCCCCAACGCCAUCACAGGCCUCACUGACGGCCAAAAUCUGAUAAUCUGGAUUGUCCUAUUGGCAGACCAGUUGGCUAGUUUGAAUCAAGGUCUCAAUAACAAGCAAACUGAGGCGGUCGAGAAUUUGCUUCAAGAAUUUCAGCAAAGUGCGGAGGCAAGUAAAAACUGCCGAACCCAUUUGAACGCCCUCAGAGGAAGCGUUGAGGCCUUGGAGAAAGACUUGGUGCCUUUGUUAAAGUUGAUCGACAAUGCAAAGAGAAAAUUGAACCGUGCACUUAAUAAGGACGGUUAAGUUGAAACAAACCAUAAGACUAUAGUUCAUUAACAUUUAGAAAACUUUUGUAUUUUGAUUUUUGAUGUAUAGCGAUCAUGAAUGCCAACGUUAAUAAGUAUAUAGUUGAAAACAAACUGUAUUAGCUAAUUCAUAAUU